AUGUUUAUGGAAAAUAAUUUUACUGAAAUCGAAAAUAAAUAUAAAUGCAAUGACAAAUUAUUACCAAUAUUAGAUGUAACAAUAUUAAAAAAUAAGUCUGCAUUAUAUAAUUUUUUGGAUUAUUAUGAUAGUAUAAAAGCUGCAUUUAAUGCUGGAACAUCUAGUAGGGUUAAAUAUUGUGAAUAUAUAAAAUACAUUUUUAAUUUAUACAUAAAAAUACAACAAAAAUACAAUUUAAAACCAAUUCUAGCUUAUAGUGAUGAAAUAGAAAAAUUUCAAUCAAAAUUUUCUGACACAACUGAGUUAAACUUUCUUAAGAGCAAAUGCUCUGAUAAUUCAGAAAAGUAUUUUUCUACAAUAUCCGAUGCAAUUAAACAAUCCUUAGGUGAAAAAGGUAUGAAGAAAUAUGACAAAGUAACAAAUGAAUUAGAUGAGCAUAGAAAAAUAGUAAAUUAUGAUAUAUUCGAUCAUGUUAGUGCAUACCAAGCGGGUGAAAAUUUAUCUACGCAUAGUGGAAGCGGUUUAGGGGAUUAUAGUCAAUACUGCAAUAAAAAUAAAGACGACAGGGUUGAAAAUUACAAUGAUCUUAAACAAAUUUGUGAACGUUUUAUAAAAUAUUUUGUGUAUUUGUCUAAUGACUCUCUUAAUAUGCCAUCAGAAGAAAAUAAAUAUAAUGAGUAUUUGAAUUACUGGAUAAACAGGGAACUAAAAGAAAUAAAAAAUAGUGCUACACAAUUCAUUGAAUUUAUUGAUGAACGAUUAGAUUCCAAUUUUCAUGUUUAUGAUAAAUUUUCUAUUUUUAAAAAUAAAGUAUAUAAUAUGAACGAAGAUGUUUUUAAUAAAAUGAAUAUGUUAUAUGAUUUGUAUGAUAACUAUAACAAAUUUAUCACUGAAAUCAGCGAAGAAGAGAACUGUUUAAAUUAUGCUAAUAAAUGCCUUCAAUCAUAUGAAAAAGCAAUGAAGAAAAGCUACGAAACAAAUAGUAGUAAGUUGUAUAAUGCGUUGAUGAAAUUUUCAGUUAAAUAUAAAAAUACAAGUAAUAAAUCAAAAUUUUGUAAUAACAGGGAUUUACCAGAAUUGCCAAACAUUAUAAAAAUAAAAGAAAAAGAAAAAAAAGUAGCCGAAAGUAAGGCAUUAGAAGUAUGUGAGUCUAUCAAAACCGAGAUUUUAGCUUCGCCAAUUUCAGGAGAAAAUGAUUAUGUACACUUUCAUUUUAUAUAUAAAUAUUUAUUAUAA